GUGAGUGAGUGUUAUGUGCCUUUCGAAGUGCUGGGAGCUUGAUGGGAAUGUUUGAUUAGCUCCACUCAGAAAAAGAAAAGGUGCCCAGGCCUCCUUCUCCUGCCUGUUUCUGAUUCUUUAGACUAACGUUGACUGAAGUUUGUGGUGCAGAAAAACUUGGAAAAAAUACCACAUUCAUACUGUGAGGAGACAGGGAAUACACCUCAGGCAAGUGCACUUUACUGAACCUGCUGAUUUUGUUGUUCUUGACAUGAAGGCGUCAAUCAUUGCAACCUUCUUUGCUUUGUUUCUGACUUGUACAUAUGCAACUAAAGAAGCCACAAAGAAGAACAAAAAGGCUAAACUAUAUGUACCUGAGAUAGACUGCGAUAUCAAAGCAGGGAAGAUAAUCAAUCCAGAAUUCAUUGCAAAAUGUCCACCAGGAUGUCAAGACAUAAAAUACCGUGUUUAUGGCACCGACAUUUACGCUUCUUUUUCCACUGUGUGCAGUGCUGCUAUUCACAGUGGUGCAAUUGACAACUCAGGAGGGAAAAUCCUUGUUCAGAAAGUUGCUGGACAAUCUGGUUACAGAGGGAGCUUCUCCAAUGGAAUCCGAUCCUUGUCCCUACCACGCUGGAGGGAGUCCUUCAUUGUUUCAGAAGGCAAACCAAAGAAAGGUGUGACAUACCCAUCAACUCUUGAAUAUUCUUCCUCAAAAAGCUCACCUGUUAAAACAGAAUCUAAAAAGUCAGCACAAGAUAUAAAGGCUACCAGGAAUACAGACACCGCUAAUGCAUCAGAAAAAUCACCUGAACAAGCCAAUGCACACCGCAAAGACUAUCAGACGUCUCCGGGACCGGUACCAACUACACAGGUUACCGCCACAACUCUGAAGCCCACCACGACUCCAGAACCCAUCAGCACAACACCAAAGCCAACUACAUCCCCUGCAACAACCAGCACUACAACUGCUAUUACCGCUGCCAAACCUCGAUCUGCAGUGCAUAGGGUCAGGGAUAUAGGUCCUAGCAGUGUCCAUCCAGUUUACUCAGCUGUGGCAGCUGCAGCAUCAAGGCAGGUUCAGGCCGCACAAGGAAGAGGCCAGAAUCAAGCAUCCAGAAGUACUUCACCCUAUGCAAGUAACAGAAAUAUUCCUCGAGCCAAUACAGGUAUUCAACGCCAAGAGCCUGUCGCAGCCUUCCAGAAACCUGCCGGGUCUCCAGUCCAUCUCGCUUUGGAAACUGACUUGUGGAAACCUGGAUCAAGCCUUUUUGACACAGGCUUCAGUUCAAAGGAAGACUUUAAUCUGAAACCUUUGGAGCCAGUUUCCCAGGGAAAUCCAAACUGCAAAGUUGAUUUGUCCUUCUUGAUUGAUGGGAGCUGGAGCAUUGGUAAACGCCGUUUUCAGAUCCAAAAACAAUUCCUCAGUGAUGUGGCUCAUGCUCUUGAUGUUGGCGUAGCUGGUCCUCUCAUGGGCAUUGUUCAGUAUGGCGAUGACCCUUCUACAGAAUUUAAUCUCAAAACUCAUGCAAACCCCAGGGAUGUGAAAAAUGCCAUUGAGAAAAUUCCACAGAAAGGAGGACGUUCUAAUGUUGGGAAGGCACUUUCAUUUGUUAACAAAAACUUCUUUUUGGAUUCCAAUGGAAACCGAGGCGGAGCACCCAAUGUGGCCAUAGUGCUGGUGGAUGGAUGGCCCACCGAUAAAGUAGAGGAGGCCUCCAGACUGGCAAGAGAAUCUGGAAUCAACAUUUUCUUUGUCACCAUUGAAGGAGCUGAUGAAAAUGAAAAACAGAAUGUUAUUGAACCCAAUUUUGUGGACAAGGCUGUAUGCAGAACAAAUGGCUUCUAUUCCAUUAAUGUGCCAAGCUGGUUCAACCUACGCAAGGUAGUCCAGACCUUGGUGAAGCGGGUCUGUGACACUGAUCGACUGGCUUGCAGCAAGACGUGUCUAAAUUCAGCUGACAUUGCCUUUGUAAUUGAUGGUUCCAGCAGCGUUGGCACUGGCAAUUUCCGCACUGUCCUCCAAUUUGUAGCCAACAUAAGCAAAGAAUUUGAGAUUUCAGACACUGACACCCGUAUUGGAGCUGUGCAGUACACCUAUGAGCAGAGGCUGGAGUUUGGAUUUGACAAACACAGCACUAAGCAAGAUGUUCUGAAUGCUAUUAAGCUAAUCAACUACUGGAGUGGAGGGACCAGCACUGGAGCAGCCAUCAACUAUGCCUCUGAACAGCUCUUCAGCAAAUCCAAACCCAACAAGAGGAAGAUAAUGAUUCUCAUUACAGAUGGCAGGUCUUAUGAUGAUGUCCGAGUGCCAGCCACGACAGCUCAUCAAAAUGGGGUCAUAGCUUAUUCUGUUGGAAUUGCAUGGGCGGCCCAGGAUGAACUGGAAUCCAUUGCAACAGACCCGGAUAAAGAGCAUUCCUUCUUCGUGGAUGAAUUUGACUAUCUCUACAAAUUUGUUCCUAGGAUCAUCCAGAACAUUUGUACAGAGUUUAAUUCACAACCCCGGAACUGAUGAAAGUAGACAAAGCAUUAUACUAACGCUGGGUCACUGGGUAUCAUGCAGAAAAUACACAAAAUGCUAUACAAGUAAUGCCAGCUAUGAGUCCAAGAAAUACUAGAAGAGUUAUCCUCUGGCAUUUUUCAGUUAACAAAGCUGAUUUCAGCUCUAUUCCUUAUGCAUAAGAAAGCUCUGUGUAGACGGGCAUUUUUAUUUUAACUUUUUUGCUGGCUUCAAAACUCUGACUUGGUUGGAUAGACAAAGACAGUUACAACCCUUGAAAAGAUAAAUCAAGUGACUCAGCUUUGUAGACUGAAAAUUUGUUUCCAGAAGAGAGGUUGGAAAAGGUUUUUCAAUGUAGAUCCCAGGGACAUUUUCAUUUGGCCUUUGUAUAUUGCAGAAGCUCUCUUUAAAGACAUUUUCUAUCAUAGUGCUUCUCAAACUGUGGUCUAUGGACCACAGAA